AUGGAGGCAGAUUGCAAUCGUGUGAAUUUGUCAGAAGACAUCCAAGAAACCAUUGGACAAAUCUGUCAAAAGCUGGAGAGUAGCGGUGAGGACUGUCUUUUUCUACGAGUGGCGAAUCGUGGAACAACUUUCUCUAAUCUCGGGACAAAGAAUGCGUUAUUGUUUGUUCAGAACCAGCCAAAACUUACUCAGGAAUUCAGGAAGUUUUGUGCAGAAAUCUAUUCCUCUCCUGACGUGUUGCUAAAGAAAGAAGGAGAUUCAGAGGAGGAUGCUUCCUUAAGAUUGAAAAUUCCACUGAAAGCCAGAAUCCAGACAGGUCCUGACAGAGAGCAUGAUGGACUUACAGACAAAAUGAUCACCAGGACACAACAAACGAGAUCCUUAACUAACAAACCUUGUGAUGGAAUAGCAAACACAAGAGACAGAAGAAAAAGUAAAACUGCCCCUGUCAGAGAUAGGACAAGAAGUGACAGAACAAAUAAAGGGAAAAAUACAACCAGGGACAUCAAAUCAAAAACCACAAAGAGAAAAGCAGAGAUCAACAGUAAAAAUGGAAAAUCUGAGUCGUGUACUGCUGGUAAAAAUAGCACCGCUGUCGAUGGUGGUGAAGUAAAUGUGACUGUGUGUACUUCAGAUCAGGAGGAGAGUAAUGAAGUGCGGACAAGACCAAAACGUAAAAUGUUUACACCUAGCAAACUAAAAUUGUAUGAAACAAGCUUCAAGAAAGGUAGUGAAAAUUCUUGGGGUGUUGACAAAGAGAAAUCGGAGAAACAAAAUGUUGCUCAAAAUAAAUGCAGUUUGUCGGUGGAGGAAAGCAAGCAUUGUAACAGUCAGGGAAAGGUCAAUCUUACUGAUAACAAAAAACAGCUUGAUACACCAUCUGAUGUUAAUUUGAAUUGUGUUUCAACAUUUCGCAAAAACAGAAAAAAAUCCAAGGUUGAUGAAAAAGGAUCUUCGUACGAUGAAGAUAGUGAUGUGAUUGAUGAAGAUGAAAUUGAGGAAUAUGAUGAUAAUGACAAAGAUUACGUUGCAGAAAAGGAUGAAUCUUUUUCAAAUAAAUUGCCUUCAAGCAAGAACUCAUCUGGUAACAAAAAAAAUAGGAACACUUUGAAGGAAAAGACCAGGUACACCUGUAAGAAGUGUGAUGUAGUCUUUGCGUAUCAAGGUACCCUUAAUCGACAUCUUAAAAAUGAUGUGUGUUCAGCGAUAGUUACACGACAAGAAGCAAAAAAAGCCAAGUUUUUAAACCAGUCUGAGGAAAGUCUGAAGAGGCAACUGAAUGACACCAUCUGCAAUAAAAGUGUUAAAAAGUUAAAAGGACCUGAAGCUUCUAAACCAGGUGCUGGUGAUAAUAGUAAGGAUGAAAAUUCAAAGUUGCCUGAAGGUAUGCAUUCUGCACGGUUCAAAAGGCUUGCGAAGUGUGGUGUGUGUGGCGCCUACAUCCUUCAGAGGGGCAUGAAUAAGCAUCUCUCGAGUAAAGCUUGUAAGGCUAGAGCCGAGAAAAAACGUAGAGUGGUCAAGUGGUCAAGUGGUGAGAAAUGUAGUGAAAACUCGGAUCUGUCACCCGAACAGACUUCCACAAAAACUGGUUCAGAUGAAUUAAGUCCAUUGUCAUCAACAGCAGAAAGAAAGGACGAUACCACAGGUGAAAAUUCAACUUAUGAGGUUGGGAUAUUGAAUAUAAAAAUUGAAAAAGAGGACACUGAAAACAAUGUUUCAGAUAUCAACGACUGUACAUCAGUGAUCACUAACAAUAGACAUACUAAAACCGGAGUUCCGUGCAGUACCUGUAACUUUGUCUUCUCCAGUAAAGAAACUCUAAAACGCCACAAGACGAAAGGAUUCUGUCCUGGUAUAAAGCUAGAAGUGAAAACUAGUAUUUCAGAUGGACAAGAGAAAUUUACUUGUGAGGAGUGUGACAAAACAUUUUUGUCAUCUUUUGCAUUCCUUCGUCAUCGUCACCGCCACACUACCUCCCGCUCCUCAGGGUUUACAUGCACUGUCUGUGAGACUGAAUUCCUGUAUGACUGGGAACGUGUGAGUCACAUGGUGCGAUUUCACAAAUUAAAGGGACCCAUCGACUGUUUUGUUUGUCUUCAUAGCUUUCAGAAUUAUAAAGAAUAUCGCACUCACAAGCGCUACUGCAUGACAACAUCGAAAUGUGAAGGGGAGACAACUUCUAAAAAACAGGAAACAUCAGGCAAUAAAGAAAAUGUAUUUGAGGCAAAUAAUGACAAUAAUUCUGAAACACACAACAGUGCACAGGAUAAUAGAGUAGGUGUUGUUGAUAAAGGGGAGAUAAAUCCUACCAGUGUGGCUGUUAGUAACUUGGAAAGUGAACAAGAGAUACCACCAGGUAACGUUAGGGUUAAAUUGAGUUGUGGUUCAAUUAUUUCUGUGAAGGAUUCCAUGAUCAAAAGUAGUUUUGUGGCAGAUAAUGAGAAAUCUGCAAAUACUGAUAAUAAUGAUGCUGAAACUUUGUCUCGUACAACCAGUCCUGAUAAAGAAGAUUCUCAAGGGGAGAUGCAAGCAUCUUCAGUAAAGUGUGAAACUUCCCAAGGAGAUAAAAGCAUUGUUGAAGGAGGUGUGUCAGCAACAAAGUCUUUAACAGUAGAUAGUGUACCUGUGACAUCAGAUGUUGACGCAACCAGUAUCAUAUGUACACGAUGUCAAAAGGAUGUUCGAGGAUUGUUCACUAAAGAUGCUGGAAAACAUAUUUGUAAAUUUUGCCGAAGAAGCUAUGUCAGUGACUUUCAGUUGACAAAGCAUAUGUCCACUCACACAGCCUCAAAAUUCUACAGUUGUCAUCACUGUAGCAAAUGUUUUUUAGAGACACGGUACUUACAGCGCCACCUGCUGGACACUCAUCGUGAACGUUACAGCAUUUGUCGCUUUUGUUGUGCACUGUUUAGCACACGGAAGGGACUCACGCAACAUCUGAAGGAAAAACACCCGAACCAGGGCGAGACCAGGUGUCGUGUUUGUUCUCAAGAUUUUCCGGACCAGAUCUCGUGCAUGGAACACGAGGAUAAACAUGCAAGGGAAAGAACCAGACAGUAUGUGUGUGAUAUAUGUGGGAAAAUGUUAAAUAGCAAACAUUCUCUGUCACUUCACCUAGCUUGGCACAAGGACUUGCGACCAUAUGUCUGUGAGGUUUGUAAUAAGGGAUUCCGCACAAAAAUGAAUCUGCUCGGACACGCGCCAGUACACAGCGGGGUGAAAGCGCACCAGUGUGAGAUUUGUGGGCAAUGCUUCACUUUAAAGGAGACACUUCGUCGUCACAAGAGAAUUCAUAAUAAGGAUAAGAGGUACCAGUGUAAAAUAUGUGGUCACAAGUUCCGCAGCACCGACGGCCUGAACAGUCACAUGGUCAGUAGUCAUUUAACAGCACAGGAUAUCAGCAGCCUCAAGUUCAAAGUACGGCAGUGUGAUUUGUGCAACAAGCUCUGCAGUUCGAAGCAGACGUACGAGCGUCACAUGACUACACAUACGGGGGAACGUCCAUUUCACUGUAAAUAUUGUCCUAGAAGUUACAGCCUUAACACGCUCCUGCUUCGACAUGUGCGCACUGUCCACCAGCGUGCGGAUGUUCACACCUGUCUUCUCUGUCAUUGUCAGAUCUCUUCACGAAGCAAGUGGAGGCGACAUCUGCGCACAAGAAAACACAAAGAUCGUUGUGAGGAACAGGGAUUAACUGAUCCAGGGGAGGAUGGAAUGGUGGAAGGUAUUCACUACACCGUUAGUGGAGAGAAAGAUAUAAACACUGGUGAUGUAGAAUUAGAUAACAAUGUAGAGGAGACACAAGAGAUACAGAAUGAAGACUAUAUACAAAACCUCCCAGAGGAAGUGGAUGAAUCUGGGUAUAUUCAACAGAUAACAGAGGAGGUUCAUGACUCUGGGUUUAUACAUCAAAUCACAGGCGAAGUUCAGAAUUCUGAAUACAUCCAACAGAUCACUGAGGUGGUUCAGGACUCGAACAUUACCCACGAUGAGAACUACAUAGAGCAGAUCACACAGGAAGUGGAGACUGUUUCUAGGGGACAAACUACUGUCAUGCAGAUUGUGUACGAUGACCAAAGUGAGUCACAAACGGCUGUGAAUAGUAUUGUUGAGGGACGGACUUUGCAGAAUGUAGUGUAUUUAAAAGUGGUUUCCUAGAGAGUCAUAACUUGAACAAUAGCCAAUGUUGUACAGUGGAACCUUGUUAUUUCGAACUUGGAUAAAUCAAAGACCCUGUUAAUUCAAAGCAUUUUGUCUUUCCCUGCUGAACUUUACACAAAAUAUUUAAACAUUCUUAAUUUAAUACUCUGUUUUCCAAUGAUCUCGCUGAGUUUCAGAUAACAAGGUUCGACUGUGUAUUGUGAUGUGUUGUCAAUAGUUUAUUCAGUAAAAGCAUUGGCCUGCUUGAGCUGAAUAUCACAGUUAUAUAGUUCCAUGCUCCCUACAUGUGGUUUUGUUUCUCAGGAAGUGACACUCCACCCUUAUUGCUCUGGAUGGCAUGUGAUGUGCCUUCUGUAUGUUGUUUAUUGAGUUAGCCACCAGCUACUGUAAAAAGAUCUCGCUGAAAAUAACCCGACUGUUCUUGGGGCAAUAAACCCAACAAACAAGAGGAGUUAGUUCUGGUAUGCAUGUGUAUACUUAAGAGUUAUAUUUAGCUGUUGAAGGUAAAAAAUGUUGAGAAAUUUCACUGGAUUUUCAUGUUUUAUAUAACACUUAUUAGGCAACUGAUAUCAUACACAUUAUUGUGUAUGUGAGAUAUCUGACUCCUGUGGAGAUUUUCUAAAUAUUCCCUCUGUGAAAUUGAUAAUUACCUAUUGGAAUGGUAUGAAAACAACUAGAAAACAUAUUUCAAAGUGUUACAUUGACAUGUUUUUAUAGCUAAUUUCUCUUAAAAACUACAAAUCAAUAACACCAUGAUAAACCUGGUGUAUCAUACAAAAUAUCUGAUGGAAUCAUUGUGAUGUGUUCAGAAUAUUUUUGAUUGACAAGGAAAAACAAACUGGAAACAUGACACAUACAGAGACAGUGAGACAAACCUGACUAAUCAGUGACGUGUUCCUCUUUAUACCUAAAUAUAACCUUGUUUAUCUGGCGUCAUGUCUUAUCCAAGUAAUUGUUUCACGUUAUCAAAUUAGAUGAAAAAGUCCACUGCAAAACAAAGGCAUAUUUCAUUUGCCAUACAUCUUUACUGAACCCUAUAAUUUGCAUUAGUGUUAUAAAGAUAUUUAAACAACAUUCAAGUAAAGAUUCUGCAUGUUUUGUUUAAGUUAAAGAGUGCAGGUAUCACACCGAACACAUUAUAGUCAAAGAUUUGUUUUAUAAAGAUUAAAGGUAUGACACCUAGAUAUUCCACAUAAGAUUUAUGUUCUAGUUAAGGGUAUCUGGUGCCUGUGACAUUCUUUGAUGUGUGUUCUAGUUAAGGGUAUAUGGUGCCUGUGACAUUCUUCGAUGUGUGUUCUAGUUAAGGGUAUAUGGUGACUGUGACGUUCUACGAUGUGUGCUCUAGUUAAGGGUAUAUGGUGCCUAUAACAUUCUACUGGAUUUGUGUUCUAGUUAAGGGUAUAUGGUUCCUGUGACAUUCUGCGGAUGUGUGUUCUAGUUAAGGGUAUAUGGUUCCUGUGACAUUCUACGGAUGUGUGCUCUAGUUAAGGGUAUAUGGUGCCUGUGACAUUCUACGGAUGUGUGUUCUAGUUAAGGGUAUAUGGUGCCUGUGACAUUCUACGGAUUUGUGUUCUAGUUAAGGGUAUAUGGUUCCUGUGACAUUCUACGGAUGUGUGUUCUAGUUAAGGGUAUAUGGUGCCUGUGACAUUCUACGGAUGUGUGUUCUAGUUAAGGGUAUAUGGUGUCUGUGACAUUCUAUGGAUGUGUGUUCUAGUUAAGUGUAUAUGGUGCCUGUGACAUUCUACGGAUGUGUGCUCUAGUUAAGGGUAUAUGGUGCCUGUGACAUUCUACGGAUGUGUGUUCUAGUUAAGGGUAUAUGGUGCCUGUGACAUUCUACGGAUUUGUGUUCUAGUAAAGGGUAUAUGGUUCCUGUGAUAUUCUACGGAUUUGUGUUCUAGUUAAGGGUAUAUGGUGCCUGUGACAUUCUACGGAUUUGUGUUCUAGUUAAGGGAAUAUGGUAUCUAUAACAUUCUACCUACAUGCAUGAAGUUUGUUCGGAUCAAAGGAGGAUAUAUGCUACUUUUUACAUUCUGUUGUACCAAAACAGCACAAAGUCGUUGUGAUUCGUAUUUUAGUGAAGUGUACCUUAGAAAUCACAUGAGUUAUUAUAGUGUGGUUUCAGAAAUACUGAUGUCCUGUAUGUGUGUCCACAAAUUCAGUUCUUUGCUGAUUUUAGUAUUUAUUUACCAUGCAGUUUAGUCAAGAAGUUCAGUUCACAGGUUAAAACUUAAGGUCCAAAUUCAAAGUCAUUCGGUUCAAACAUCAAUGUCAACUUUUGAUAUUUGUCAGUGACAACAUUUUUUUGAACAUUAUAAAACAAAGUCAACAAAACACAGAUAAAAGUUGAAGAUUAUAGGUCAUAGGUCAAAGUUAAAUUUUGUGUCAUUUCUUUUGACACUAACAUUUUGAAUUGAAGUUGUCAGAACUAAACAAGAUGUCCACCUGAACAAAGUUCAAGGUCACUUGGUUAACAUCAAAUUGGGCAGUUUUUUUCUAAUGUUCGUUUUGAUAUGAUAUGAAGAAGAAAAUCAAGUCUAAGUUAAGCAACAAUUUGAUUGACCAAAAGUAAAGGUCAAAGGUCAAGGCCAACAGGUAAAAAAUCAGGGUUAAAUUUUAAAUCCUUUUCCAGAUGAUAUUUUAUUGGGAAAGUACCAAUCAGUGCAGGACAGAAUUAAACAAGGAGUCAACCUGAUGAAAGGUCAAGGUCAACAGGUCAAAGAUCAGGGUCAAAUUUCAUAUCUUUUUAGCAACGAACAUUUGGUUCAACUGAUCGUGUGGGCUUUGCUUCAUUGGAUUGUUUGUGAAGCCCAAAUGUCAAUCUCAGCAGUAUGGGCAGGUGGCUUCCUGAUAAUUACGGGGAUACAUAUCCACAGGAUGGGGCCCUUGUUAACCUGUAUUACUGUUCUAGUUAGUGCUAAAGUUAAGGUUGUAUGGUAUACCUUACACAUCAUGACAAUCAUCUGUGGUAGAGUUAAGGGUAUAUGUUCAGGACACUUAACUUACAAAGUGAUAAAGAAUGCUCUGUGUAUUUAAUAUCACCUUAAACUUAGUUAUAAACAUUAUACAUGUUUUUAGUAUUUUAUAAUUGUAGAAUUUCUCCAUGUGAUUUUAGAAUAUUCUGAAUCUUACUAACUGUCAGUUAUAAUUGAAGAGGAUUUCUUUUUUUUUUAAAUUUCGUUGGUACUUUUAAUCCACCAAUUUAUAUGUUCACGAAGUGUUAACUGAGUAGGAGCAGCUUUACAGAAAAGUAAGUUUUUUAUUUUAUUUUUGAAAAACCACGGAAAUUGAAGCUCACAAAAAUGUAUGAUUUUAUAGUAGCCUAUAACCUAUACUACUUACACAAGUAUAAACAUGAUGGGAUCAAAGAAUAGCAAACCAGAGUGUAAAUCAAGGAAAACAUAAAGUACAGCAAAAUAAAAGAAUUACAAACGGGAUAAAUCUGCAUUAGGAUAUUAUUUCAAUUGUUUUGUUAAAUGUUUAAAUCUUUAUUUCUGUUAUACAGGUUAUAUAUCACUCUGUACGUGACAAGUACAUUGUAGGUGUUAUU